AUGUUCUCCUUCCGCAAGAAGCCGCAAAAGCCGACCUCCCCUAUACGCACCUCGCCCUCGCUCCCCGAGCUCAGCGCGCAGGGCAUCCCCUGGCCCUCCGACCUCGUUGACCUCUCGCAGCUCCCGCACUCUGGCGAUGCGCACGUCUCCCCACCCCGCGGCGCCGCGAAGACGUCCUUCUCCGCCGACGUCGCCGGGCCCGUCGCGUUCCACAAGCCGUGGGCGGCCCCGGGCAAGCCUUCGGGGCAGGCUGGGAAGACGAUCGCGAGCCUGUACGCGAGCCACCCGCCGGUCGCGUUCGACGGCCGGAAGUCGAGCAUGUCGAACCGCUCGCGGCCGGCGCAGAAGCGGAACAGGAACCCGACGACGUUCAACCUCAUGGGUACGGGCAAGACGUCGCUCCUCCGCCUCAUCCUCGACACUGCGGACAUCUCCCCGACUGCGACGGCGGACCAGAAGGCGGCGAUGGAGGGCUUCCUGCGCGGCUCGCCGCGGUGCACGGAGCAGAUCCAGACCGCGUGCGUCGAGAUUUGCGAGAGCAAGUACGACCGCCUCCUGCUCUCCGUCAUCGACACGCCCGGGCUCGACUUCCAGGACGGCCACGAGCUCCGGCUCGAGCGCCAGGUGACGACCAUCGUCAAGUAUCUCGACGCGCAGUUCGCGGACACGCUCAGCGAGGAGUCCAAAGUCGUCCGUCAAAGUCGAGGCGACCAGCACAUUCACCUACUAAUCUACAUGAUCGAUCCCGCUUCGAUCAUGAACGUGUCCGCGCGCCGCGCCCACUCCACCUUCCCUAGCAAAACGCGCUCCGAGACGACCAUCGGCUACCGCACGAAGGACGUGGUGAACGGCGCCGAAGAAUCGGACGAUGAGGAGGAAGACAGUGAGAGUACGCUGACGAUGUCUCCGGUCGACCUGCGCGUCAUCCGUCGCCUGUCUGUGCGCGCGAACGUGCUCCCGGUCGUCGCGCUCUCAGAUUCCCUGACUGACGAGACGCUCGCCACGGUCAAGAAGGUCAUCCGCCGCGACCUUCGGAACGCGGGUCUUGACUUUGGCGUCUUUGGGCCGACGAUGGAUGACCCGCAGAGCCCGCAGGAGGAGCCGCGCAGCGGAAGGAACGGCACUGCAGUCCGUGUGGCUAGCGACGACAUCUCGAGUGCCGCGAAUGGCGACGCUGCUGGCACUGCACCAAGCACCAACGGGGACGCACCAGUCGCGAACGGCAACAGCCACGCCCUAGAACCCUCGUCCUCGUCCAUCCCCAGCACACCCACGGCCGCUGAAGACCCCAGCCCCGCCUCGGAGGACGCCCGCCCGUCGCGACCGGUGAUCAAGCUUCGUGCCACACGCCUGCAGCGGCGGCCAUCGCUGUCGCGGUCGCGGCUCGAGGCUGAGAUGGCAAUGGUGGACGACACGACGCAGCCGGAUAUGAUGGUGAACGACAACGAGUCCGUCGCCUCCGUUCGCUUCUCCGCGCACAUUGUCGCCAAGACGGAUCUCAUGGACACCCUCCCCUUCGCGCUCAUCACGCCCGAGCACGUUCGCCGCCGCCGCGCCCUCAAGGGCGCUGUUGCGUCGCCCGUCUCCGCGAACGGGAACGGGAACGGCGCCGCGUUUGCCAGCCUGAAUGGGCACGCGGACGACGGCGCGGUCACGCCCUCGGAGGGCCACUCGGGCGCGUACCACUCGAUGGCACUUCCCGUACCUGCAAGGGCCCCCGCGGAUCUGCGCGGGGUGUUUGUCCGCCGGUUCCGGUGGGGCACCGUGGACGUGCUCGACCCUGCCCACUGUGACUUCAGCGCGCUCCGGACGGCGGUACUCUCGACGCACAUCAAGAUGCUCAAGAUCCGGACGAAGGAGGUGCUGUACGAAAAGUACCGGACGGAGAAAUUGCUCGCGCGCAGGGCGACGAGGAAUAUCAGCGAGGACGAGACGAAGCGGUUGCUGGAAGACCUCGGUCUGUGA